CAACGAUCAAGAUCAGGAGAAACUACGGACUACAGAUCAAGCUUGGAGAAAAACCCGUUAAAAAGCAAAUAUGGUCGAGUUAACGAAAAUUAGCGCGUGCUAUCGAAUGGACAUCCCCGAGCGCAGACUUCACAAAAGUGGAAACCUACUCUUCGCAGAUUUUCCGGGAAGCGAGCCUGGUCCUCAAAUCCUUGUUAAGUUUACCGGGAGCCAUCGGAGCAAUACAGCAGAAUUUUACAUAGAAAAAUCUUAUCAUCAUGGAGGACAUACCAUUAGGUAUGACUUGGAUGGCAGCCAUUACUACCUGUGUGCAGAAGGGAACAGGGUCUUUUUACAGUUGGUUGCCCAUCAGCCCGAUGAGACGAAAUACAUGUUUGAAGUUCAACAUGUCAACAAUCAAAGUGAUUAUAUGUCUAUUAAGUCCAAAAAGACUGGAAAGUUCCUUGCCAGUGAUGAAGAUGGCAAGGCAUUUAUGAAGGAAGUCAACCCUUCCUCAAUGAAAGAUGACCAGCCAACUGACAGACAAACAUGGUUCCUUCUACACUUUGUGUAAACAGUGAAAGUAGAAAGAGAAAGUACAGUAUACAGUUGUAACUUUGAUAGCACAAGUAUUGACUGUUCAGUCACAUGUUAGGCUCAAGUGGAAGCCUGUUUGGUGUAAAUAUGUUUUAAUAUGAAAAUACAUGUACAGGAAUAGCAUGCAAAAAUUUUAAAAAGUUUUUUUUUUUAUCCUGGGCUGUUUUGUUCCAUUUUUUAAUAGAGAGUUUCGAUUUAUUUCUUGUUCAGUGCAUACUUACCUUUUUUUCAGAUUACAAUAACAUUUUUCUUGGUUUGUGAUACAUUGAAAUACUGGUAAAAAGAAAGCAAGCUCUCUUAGAAAGAGACUGGAAAAGUUUUUUUUUUUGAAAAAUAAAAAUAUUUUAUGUAGCUUUACAGUUAAGAAAACUUCUCUAGUAUGUUGUCAAGUAUUACUGAGUAUUUGACAUUAGUUUGCCAUUGUAAUCACAUGACUUUAAGUAAGGAGAUAGUCCUUAAAAUGUUCUAGCUAGGUAAUAUAAGUUGUAACUGGUACUGUAACCUGAAUAUGUCUUUUACUGCAUUUCUCUUAUACUGUAUUUCUA